CUAAAACAUAUUCAUAUGAGGUAUUGUUAGAUUCAUCUCAAUGUACACAUUCAUAAUUUUAACUUUUUAUAUUUUUUACUAAUAUGAAAUUAAAGAUAUCGUAGGUCAAAGGUACGUAUUGGAGACUGCAAAAAGGAACGUGACUUUGGGACAGACGGAGUAGUGAAAACAACACUGUAGGCUGUAGUAAAUAAAAAGAAAGAAGAUAGAGUAGUAAAUUUGGUAAAGUAAAAAGUAAUAUUAUUAUAUUUGUUUUUCUUCUUUUUUCACCCGAAAAUAUUACUUCUUUUUUUUUAUUACUUUUUUCAUCUCAUUGAAUAGUUAAGAGGUCAAAAAAUACAUCAAAAUACAUUUAAAAAGAAUAUCUUCCAAAAAUUAGUGAAAAUAACAACGUAAUUAAAAUAACAACGUAAUUUAAAAAAAAAAAAACAGAGGGAGUAAAUGCCAACAGUAUAUAGUUUGCUUUGGAGGACAGGAAAAUGAAUAAAUAAAGGAAAGAUUCCCCUAAUGAUCACCGCCAAGCUAAUAAUUGCUAGGGGAUUGAUGAACCGUCAUUCGUCCUCUACUAUCAAGUCGGUUAGCCUGUCACUCAGAGUUCACGACACAUUGACACCACUGAAAAAUAUAAAACUGCUCAGAGACCUAAAAUUCAUAAUGAAAGAAAGAAAAGCAGAAAAAUGGAUGUACUGACAUUCGGUAUCAUAGUAGGAAUCAUAAUUCUGUUUUUCGCCAUAGUCUGCUUCAUCACCAUUGAAGCCACCUGCAAGCGCGGUUCUUCCUAAAACACACACUUUCUCUCUCCUCAAAAAAUGUGGCGAAGACAAUUCAGUAGUACCGCGACCGCAAUAAACCACAAAAAAUGGGACGCCGUAGUAAUUGGCGGCGGCCACAACGGCUUAACGGCGGCGGCUUACUUAGCGCGCGCCGGAUUAUCAGUCGUCGUCCUUGAGCGCCGCCACAUUAUUGGCGGCGCCGCCGUUACCGAGGAGUUAAUACCUGGUUUUAAGUUUUCCCGUUGUAGUUACCUUCAGAGCCUACUUCGUCCUUCCGUCAUCAAGGAGCUGGAAUUGGAGAGGCAUGGAUUGAAGCUGUUGAGUAGGAAUCCGUCGUCGUUUACGCCGUGUUUGGAUGGGAGAUAUCUUUUGUUAGGGCCUGAUAAGGAGCUUAAUCGGUCCGAAAUCUCCAAGUUUUCGGUAAAUGAUGCUGAUGCUUAUCCUAGAUAUGAGAGUCAGCUUGAGAGUUUCUGUAAGUUCUUGGAUCCAAUUUUGGAUUCACCAACUCCUGAAAAUAUAGAAGGAGCUUCGUCAUUUGGUGACAAGAUGAAGAAUAAGCUGUACAGAUCAAGUUUUUGGUCUGGCUGUCUUCAUCGUGCCGUCUCCCUUGGGCAAAAAGAUAUGGUGGAUUUUAUGGACCUUCUUUUGUCCCCAGCCUCAAAGGUCCUGAAUAACUGGUUUGAGUCUGAUGUUCUAAAAGCAACACUUGCAACAGAUGCUGUAAUAGGAAGCACGGCAAGUGUACACACACCAGGUAGUGGGUAUGUUUUACUACAUCAUGUGAUGGGAGAAACAAAUGGAGAUCGUGGCGUAUGGUCGUAUGUCGAAGGGGGAAUGGGCUCUGUGUCCUUAUCGAUUAACCAUGCUGCAAAAGAAGCUGGAGCUUGUAUAGCGACUAGUGCUGAGGUCUCACAGCUGAUUAUUGAUGAUACUGGAGCUGUACAAGGGGUAUUGCUUUCUGAUGGGACAGAGAUUCAAUCUUCCAUUGUGCUGUCGAACGCAACCCCAUAUAAAACUUUUGUGGAAUUAGUUCCAGAUCAAAAACUUCCUGAUGACUUUCUUUGCACCGUCAAGAACUCUGACUAUAGCUCUGGAACCACAAAAAUUAAUUUGGCAGUGGAUAAGCUGCCCAAGUUUGACUGUUGCAGUAGCAAUAUGAGCCACGAGGGUGCUGGCCCUCAGCAUGCUGGUACUAUUCACAUUGGUUCAGAGAGCAUGGAGGAAAUUCACUCAGCCUGUCAAGAUGCCUUGAAUGGAUUACCAUCACGAAGACCAGUUAUAGAAAUGACAAUCCCUUCUGUGUUAGACAAAACGAUAUCCCCUCCAGGAAAACAUGUAAUCAACUUAUUCGUUCAAUACACACCCUACCAACCAUCAGAUGGCAGCUGGGAAGACACUACAUACAGGGAAUUGUUCGCAAAAAGGUGUUUUUCCUUGAUUGAUGAGUAUGCACCUGGCUUCAGCUCAUCAGUUCUUGGAUAUGACAUGCUUACUCCUCCAGACCUAGAGAGAGUGAUUGGCUUAACAGGAGGCAACAUCUUCCACGGAGCUAUGGGAUUAGACUCUCUCUUUCUUAUGAGACCUGCAAAAGGAUGGUCAAGUUAUAAGACACCUCUUCGAGGGUUAUAUCUGUGUGGAAGCGGAGCUCAUCCAGGUGGCGGCGUUAUGGGAGCACCUGGGCGUAAUGCUGCACAUGUAGUUCUAAAAGAUAUUAAGAAGCAUUAAAUGAUUAAGGGAGGAGAGGGGAGGGGGGUUGUGGAUUCCAGCAAGAUUCAUGCUGAACCAUGUUCUAAUUUGGCCGUUCAUGGUGAAUUAGAAGUCAGCACUUGAUGUAGAAAUACAUUUAUAUAUUGGUGAUGUUAUUUAACCUGAAAUCCAAUCUAGACCUUCAUGAAAAUACAUUUAAGGUCUUCAA